AUGUCUACUGAACUUUGGAAUCCUCCUUCACCAAGGACUCGAAACACCACAAGGCUGCUCUCAAACCCGAGCGAACGAUGGAAGCUUUCACUUCAAGAAGUCAAACUGCUUCAUCUAAGAUGUCGAUACAAGCAAUGUGCUGCUCGCUCAAUGGAGAUCCUGAACAAGUUUGACGACCAGCUUCAUAAAAUCCACGAAGGAUACUUCCAAUACUAUAUUGCAGCAUCUUACGAAAACCUGGGGCGCGCUUCACAUAGUUUCUCUGGGAACAAGAUUCCUCUACUACGGAUUGCUAUGGAUAGUUUCGUAGCAUGUAAAUCAUCCUUUGAAAACGCUUUUGCAGAUCCGGAUUGGCCCGCAGAUAUUGAAGCAUUCCCCGAUUUUGACCCGGUUUGCUGGCACCCUGAUAAUGGGCCCUAUGCUAUCAAACAAGAAUAUAUCUUUUAUCAGAGCGCACGAGAAAACUCACGUCCACCUGCUUUAUUCCAGGUACGAUCUUGUGAUGAGCCGAGCUUGACAAGAACCAAAUCCCAUACAAAGAGCGAUGGGAGGCAAUGUAUAAACAUCAAGGCAGACCUAAUCCCCCAGCCUCUUCAAAUUCGCAAGAACCGGAAGGAUAUCACGCCACAAAACAGGCAACCCUAUAAGAAGCCAUUUACUACUACUUUCGCAAGACCACUUCCUGAGCCCCCGGUGUCCAUUUCAGUAAUUCCGGCUCCCGAAGCUAUAAAUGGGACGACUGCGUUUACACCGCCGCCAACACCGACGCUGGUGGGGAAACCACUAAAAAAGGAUAAAAUUAACCCAACUCCUCGGAUGUUGAGCCUUAUCACCUCACUCUCUGCCCAAGUAGAUGAGAAUAUCAGGGAUCUAUCGUCACUCAUUAACAAGACGACAGAACUUCAACGAAUUCAUAAGGCUAGAAAGAUGAACCGUCUGGCUUCGUAUUGGAGUUUUACGCCUACCUAUCCUAAUGGGCCUUCCACACUAAACGGUACAAAUGAUGCGCACAACGAUACAUAUACCAAUGGUCGGGCAGCCGGGCAGACAACGCCGUCUGCUGAGGGAAAACAACAGCGGAUUGCACGUUUGAAAGCCGAAGGAUGGAGCACAGUUGGUAUUAAGUCCGUUGAACGCGGAUGGAAGGGGACACUGCACUAUGAUAGGAUAUGUAGUGAGGCUCUUUCAGAGCUAUACGAAUCUUAG